ACAUUACCAUUAAAAAAUUUUUUUUUACUAUGUUGCACUUGCAUAUAUUACUCGCAAGUGUAUUUUUCAUUCAAUUUUCGGUCAAAAACUAUGCUAAUGUUACGCCAGAAGUUGAGACAGUCGAGACAGUUGAGACAACAAGUUUAAAACUCCCAAGAUAUGGUUCAAAGUCACAUUACAAGCAUCCAUUGUGUGACAUAAACUGUCGAUAUGGAUAUGAGACGGGUGAAGGCAUCUAUCCUCUAUGCAAAUGCAAACCUGAGCCAGAUAAUGUUACGCCAGAAGUUGAGACAGUUGAGACAAUUGAGACAACAAGUUUAAAACUCCCAAGAUAUGGUUCAAAGUCACAUUACAAGCAUCCAUUGUGUGACAUAAACUGUCGAUAUGGAUAUGAGACGGGUGAAGGCAUCUAUCCUCUAUGCAAAUGCAAACCUGAGCCAGAGUCUGAAUGUCCAUUGUGUGGUAUUAAUUGUGAAUACGGAUUUGAGACGGGAGAGGGUAUUUGCCCGCUAUGCAAAUGCAAACCUAAGCCAGAUGAGCCUGUAUGUCCAUUGUGUAAAAUAUAUUGCCAAUAUGGAUUCGAAACAGGUGAUGGUAUUUGCCCGCCAUGCAAAUGCAAACCUAAGCCAGAUGAACCUGUGUGUCCUUUGUGUUAUAAAAAUUGCCAAUAUGGAUACGAGAAAGGUGAAGGCAAUUGCCCAUCAUGCAAAUGCAAACCUAAGCCAGAUAAGCCUGUAUGUCUUGUGUGCUAUAUUAAUUGCCAAUAUGGAUUCGAGAAAAGUGAAGGCAAUUGUCCGUCAUGCAAAUGUAAACCUAAGCCAGAGCCUGUAUGUCCUGUGUGCUAUAUAAAUUGCCAAUAUGGAUUCGAGAAAGGUGAAGGAAAUUGCCCGUCAUGCAAAUGCAAACCUAAGCCAGAGCCUGUAUGUCCUGUGUGCUAUAUUAAUUGCCAAUAUGGAUUCGAGAAAGGUGAAGGCAAUUGUCCGUCAUGCAAAUGUAAACCUAAGCCAGAGCCUGUAUGUCCUGUGUGCUAUAUAAAUUGCCAAUAUGGAUUCGAGAAAGGUGAAGGCAAUUGCCCGUCAUGCAAAUGCAAACCUAAGCCAGAGCCUGUAUGUCCUGUGUGCUAUAUUAAUUGCCAAUAUGGAUUCGAGAAAAGUGAAGGCAAUUGUCCGUCAUGCAAAUGUAAACCUAAGCCAGAGCCUGUAUGUCCUGUGUGCUAUAUAAAUUGCCAAUAUGGAUUCGAGAAAGGUGAAGGCAAUUGCCCGUCAUGCAAAUGCAAACCUAAGCCAGAGCCUGUAUGUCCUGUGUGCUAUAUAAAUUGCCAAUAUGGAUUCGAGAAAGGUGAAGGCAAUUGUCCGUCAUGCAAAUGUAAACCUAAGCCAGAGCCUGUAUGUCCUGUGUGCUAUAUAAAUUGCCAAUAUGGAUUCGAGAAAGGUGAAGGCAAUUGUCCGUCAUGCAAAUGUAAACCUAAGCCAGAGCCUGUAUGUCCUGUGUGCUAUAUUAAUUGCCAAUAUGGAUUCGAGAAAGGUGAAGGCAAUUGUCCGUCAUGCAAAUGUAAACCUAAGCCAGAGCCUGUAUGUCCUGUGUGCUAUAUUAAUUGCCAAUAUGGAUUCGAGAAAAGUGAAGGCAAUUGUCCGUCAUGCAAAUGUAAACCUAAGCCAGAGCCUGUAUGUCCUGUGUGCUAUAUAAAUUGCCAAUAUGGAUUCGAGAAAGGUGAAGGCAAUUGCCCGUCAUGCAAAUGCAAACCUAAGCCAGAGCCUGUAUGUCCUGUGUGCUAUAUAAAUUGCCAAUAUGGAUUCGAGAAAGGUGAAGGCAAUUGUCCGUCAUGCAAAUGUAAACCUAAGCCAGGUAGUAUAACUAUCUAA